AUGCAAGACGCAAAUACAAAGGUAGACGGAAAAGAGACUGUUGAUCACAAAAGGAAACGUGGGUCGUCCGAAUUUCAACUACCAGCGUGUGGUGAUGAUCAUGGUUUGACAACAACACAAAAUACAAAAGAUGAUAAUAAUAGUUUAAAAGAAACAAUAAAGAAAAAGAAAACAUCCAACAAUGUAGAUGAUCAAAAAGAUAAAGAAGAAGAAGAAGGAUACACAUACACAGAGAAUGAACUAAAAAGUAAACUUCGAAAGGAUUUGGUUGUGAUUUGUCAAUCAUUGGAUAUAAAAUCAUCAAGCUUGACCAAAGAUAUAUUGAUCCAACGAAUCAUAGAUGCACAAAACAAGCGAUUAGAAUUCAAACUUAAAAUGGUUGACAAUAACCCAUUGUACGAUUACAACAAAGGACUGCUCGAGUAUUCAUUGCCGUGGCCAAUCAUUGGUAGAAUACUGGAUCUAGUUUGGACGGAAUCAACUAUUUGUACGUGUUACUAUAGUAGUCAAUUUGUGAAUGAAAUGUAUCAAAAGGCCGCUCCAGAACUUCGGUCCAUGUGGGAGGUGUACAAAGAAUUAAGAAUGGAAUGUCCAAUGCACUCGUACCAUUGGGUCCAUUUCAACAGUUUAGACUUUAGUGAGACUCUCAUGCUAGACAAAAACAGAUGGAGGUAUCUACUUUUAGGUCUAUCCAAGAGAGUGUACCAAUUCCUAACAUCCAAACAUUGUACCAGUCUUACAUUCGAAAACGGAUCAACCUCGUGGCAACACAUCACCAAUCCAUACUUUCCAAUUAAAUCGCCCAAGGUCGUCCGUCUCCAACAAUCUGAAGGUGACCGUCUCUGUGCGCUCCCCUCCCCAGACACAACCGUUUUUAGUUUGGUAGAGAAACUCCAACUAGACUGCUUCCAUAUCAUACCACCUCACACCAAGUCGCUACCUAUUCUAUUCAAGAAUAUCAAAUCGUUGACAGGUCGUAACGAUAAAAUGGGAGAUAUUCGAGAAACAAAGUAUUAUACCAAGUUGUAUACACCUCAAUUCAUAACAAGUUUCAAGAACCUCACAUCACUCAAUUGUUGCUGUUGA